AAAAACAAUGUUGCUCGAGGUGUUUUUAUACUGAAAACCUUUUAGCAACCAAACUGGCUAGAUUUUCAAUUUCCUUCUCGAUCGGCCAUACCUAAAGCAUUGAACAACAAAAGGAUGGUAGCAAAGACUGCUUCUGAAAGCCUUGAUUGAAGUUAGCUCAAUUGCUUUAGAUUAUGUUUUACUUGUUUAAUUGGCAGUAGAGUUGAGCUGUUUCGCCUCGUCUGGUGCUUUUUGUGAAUGAAUUUGACCAAUGAGAACACCACUCGUUUCAAAACUCCGUUAUGUGUUCUGUAAGGCCUGUAUCUACAGUUGUGUUAUUGUCUUCAGGUUUGGUCACCUGGCAGCUAUCUAAAUUGUUUAACAAUCUACACAAGCUCAGCAAAAUCAUUGAUUAUUUUAUAUAUUUUUGUUAUGUUUGAUCAGCCUUCAGUUCCUGCAAUGAACACGCAGCACGUUUCUUGACAAAUAUGAUUAGGAUUGCCAUUUAUCAGCAUCUUACCAUUCAAAAGAAGAUUGCCCUCUGAUGCAGUGACUAAUUGAAUCCGCAGAGAAGAAGCCCGAGCAAGAGUUUUCACGAGGGUUUUUUUUGUUCAGCACAUCUACAAGGCCUCAGCUACUAUCUUUUGCUACAUUGUUUGGGAAAGAUUUUUACCCCCCAAUAAAUUCGUUCUAUUGAAAAGUAUCAAUUUAAAAUGGAGAUGGUCUUAAGCUUCAUUUUGCUGCAUUUACUUGCAAUAGUUAGUGGGCACGCUGACCACGACGGUGCACAUGCAACAUUAUCUGAUAGUGAGCAUUAUGAAAAGGGGAAAGAACACAACCUUGAUUACGAUCAUGAAGCAUUUCUUGGACGUGGACAUGGACAUGAUUUUGACAAACUUUCAGAAGCAGAAUCCAAACGGCGUCUAAGAAUUAUAGUGGAUAAAAUUGAUGUUAACAAGGACGGCAGUGUGGAAGACGAGCUGUUUGAAUGGAUCGAGCGACAGAGGACCCGCUACAUGUGGGAGAUGCUUGAUGACGUAAUACGCGACGAUGAUAAAAAUAAAGAUGGAAAACUAACAUGGCAGGAAUAUAAAUCUUCGCAUUAUGGAGACUGGGAUCACGAAGCAUCUAUGGAUAAUGAAUUAAAACGUAAAAUGAAAAGAGAUCAGAACAAAUUCGAAGAAGCUGAUGAAAAUAAAGACGGGUUCCUAGAGCGACAUGAGUAUGUGUAUUUUCGCCAUCCAGAGGAGAGCCACCGUGAUGUUCUUCAAAACAUAGCUGCAAACGAGGUUUUGGAUGACAUAGACCAAAACGGGGAUAGGAUUAUAGAUCUAAAAGAGUUCUUAGGCCAGUACAAUGAUAAAACUGACGCGCCAGAGUGGAUUAUAGAAGACAGAAAACAUUUCGUAGAAACAUUGGACACCGACAAGGAUGGUUCACUAAAUUUUGUAGAGACAAAGGCAUGGGUAGUUCCAAAAAAAGAAGAGUCGCGCAAGGAAGCUCAGCACUUGAUAGACGGGGCGGACGACAACGGGGACAAGACGCUCUCUGCUGAUGAGAUAGUCCUGCACUUCAACCUGUUUGUAGGUAGCAUGGUGACCGAGCAUGGGAAGACACUCAACAAACACGACGAAUUCUAGUUAACAUAGAGUUAUAGUUGAAUACAAAUUGCAAUCACCAGCCUGUUACAAAAUUUGACUAUUCUGCUGUUUUAAGAAAUGCUUGUAUAUAGCUAUGAAGAAAUUCUGUUUGUUUAGAUAAACUAUCACUAGAAUAUAAACAAGAUUUAAAUUUUAUAGGAUCUCUAGUCACAAUUAAUUUAAAUCUACAAUUAGCAAAACAAGUACGUUAGAUUGCGCUUUUUUCUCCAGCGUAUUGUUAUAAGAUGUUUUAAAUACUUCAGAUCAAUUGUAAAA